GCCUUCCACUUUUUGUUUCUUGCCUCGUUCUCCACCGUCGAAAGCUCACUGUCGUCCGUCUCGACAAUUACAUUCUUUCUUUUCAGGAAACAUACUUCACGCUCCUUACCCUUUCGCUUUAUCGACUCUCGCUCGUGGCAAGGUACACGUCUAGAGAUUCUUUGUGUGCAUACCAUAUCAUUCGUUGCUUUUGAUUCCUGUACUUUCCUCAUAUCGCAUCGCACUUCGACAUCUUGACCGCAUUCCUGUGCAAUUCUGCGCCGUCAGAAAUUGGUCUGUUUGCUUAUCGUGAGGUGGGACGGAAGAAUUUCGAAUUCGAGGUUAUUCAUCAACGACUCCAGUUCGCAAACUGAUUGAAAUCGCCAACCCUGCAUCCUAGGGAAGAAGAAGAGACAUCUGUUGGAUUUAUUGAAUCAAUAUUCAUUGGAGAGGGACAAAUAUUGUUGUGAUUUAAAGUGAAUCAUCUACAAUCAAACGGUUUGAUUUGAGGAAUCCACUUGUCGCUGCGCCAAUUUCCGACCGGAAUAUCAACUCUACCAACAAAUCCCUCGACCAGGAGACCAAACAACAACUACAGCCAAAUACUCAACCACUUCCCAAGAACGUCUCUGAUCUCUAGAAUCUUUCGUUCUGCACAUUCUUUUGUGGUUCUUCAUUGCUUGCAAGAAGUAAUCAUUUACAUAACGUCACGAAAACAAAAAUAAACUAAACUAAAUUCGAUAUCGAUUUUUUGGAUACAUAUAUUCAAAAUGCGUGGACACUCUUUCGUCGAAAAGGCAGCCAUCUUGGCGGGGUUGGCUAGCAGCGUUGAUGCUUUCUGGCGUUUGCCAUGUAGGGCUAGAAGUGGAUUGGCAAGAGUUGAUCCCUUGGUCAAUCCGGGGACUGUCUCUCCCCAUGCACAUGUUGUUCAUGGAUCUAACGGAUUUGGAGAGUCUUCAGGUUACGAGGAGUUAAUGGCCGGAAACUGUACUUCAUGUGAAGUUUCUCAAGACAAAUCUGCAUACUGGACUCCCUCACUCUAUUUCAUUGAUGCGGCUACGGGAGAGUAUAAACUAGUUGAACAGGUUGGGGGUAUGCUUGCGUAUUACCUUCUUUAUGGAGAUAAUGUAACUGCUUUCCCCAAAGGCUUUGCUAUGAUUGCAGGGAAUAAUGAUCUCCGUAAUUUCUCCGACUAUGUUGUUCCUGAUAUUGAAAAGUCACUCUGGCAAAGCACGCCUCCAUACAACACCCAAGCUUUCCUUCGACAAGCUGCUCUCGGCUUCAAUUGUUUGAACUAUCCACUCAACAAGCCCGAAGGAUCUCUUUACCGUCAUUUCUUGCCAGAUAAGGCUUAUCUCGAUACAAACUGUCCCGAUGGUGUCCGAAUGGAACUCAUGUUCCCAUCAUGCUGGAAUGAGACCGCAGGCGUAACUGCACCAGAUGGAAAAUCCCACAUGGCGUAUCCUGAUCAAACCAUGACUGGUACUUGCCCAGAGGGAUUCGAUACUCGUCUCGUCUCGCUCUUCUACGAAACUAUUUGGGAUACCGCAGCCUACAAUACAACUGAUGGACAGUUCAUGCUUUCUAACGGUGACCCAACUGGUUACGGAUAUCACGGAGAUUUCAUCAUGGGCUGGGACGAGGAAUUUUUGCAAGAGGCUGUUGACACCUGCACUAACGCUUCCGGAGAAAUUAGCGACUGCGCAAUCUUCGAUAUCCAAGAUGUAAGUGUUUAUGGAUCUUGUAACUUUACACUUCCAUCGGCCUUGGAUGAUGAAGAUGUUGUUGGACCUAUGGCGACACUUCCCGGAAACUGCCCCAUUCAAGCAGGACCUGGUUUAGCUACUGCCAUGGCUGGCACAGCCACUACCGCUAAAACAUCGUCAGCAGCAUAUGGAACUUCGUCUGCCAAAGGAUCAAGCGCGACUACUACAACCAGCUCAUCAGCUGUGGUGCCAACUCUUUCCUACUCGGCCGGAUCAACCAUUGUCGCUUCUCUCGGAGAAACCUACGCACCAGGUGGUGUCUUCGCAGCCGUCGAAUCCGGAGUUUCAUAUUCAGCCUCUAGCUCAUCUACUGCCGCCGCAGACGCAAUUGCAGCAGUUUCAAGCCCAGCAACUACUCUUCUCACUACCCCAGCAUCUUUCUACUCGACCUCUUACUCAACGACCACCGCUAUCUCCCCACUCAAUGAAAAGGUAGAAGUUGAUGAAGUGGUCUGGGUCCAAGAAGAUGUUACCAUUACUGUUACCGCGACUGCAACCGCGACUGCAACUGGCGUUGCUAGAAGAAGACAUUUGCACGAGCAUCAACAUGCAAAGAAGAGAGGAGGUCACUUUGCCUAGACGUACACGCUGUUUUUGAUUUGAUUUUGUGUUUUUAUUGCGUUUUUUGUAUUCUCUCAACGCAGCAAUUUUGCUUUUUUCAUGACGGAUUGAUAGACUGGAGGGGAAGGGGUUCGGGGACAUGGACAUUGUAGCGGGGAGGCAGGCCUAACUGAUAACAUGAUAUGUCCUUGCAACUCUUGACAUUUUUGGCGAUUUUUUUUGACAUAGAUAGAGAAAGAAGGAUGAGAUACCAUUUGCAUGCAAAUUUCCAUACGAUAUCAGCGAUACCAAAAGAUGGUGAGGAGGGAGAUCGGUAGGAGGAAGAAUUGGGGGAGGCGAUGUUUUUAAACUCAACAAUACCAUUGCCUGAGAUGAAUCUCAGGAUAUAGACUACCUGCUUAUUAUGCACUGUUCAAUGAAUGCUUGACUGAUGAAUUGAGGGGGAUUGGAGUAUGAAUAAAUCACUCCUCUGUA